AAAAAUGGCCGCGGCAGGGGAAGAGGAGCCGACGGGAGUGGAGGAUUGGGGUUUGCCUUCAGAAGUGGAAGUCUUAGAGUCUAUCUAUUUGGACGAGCUUCAUGUGUUUAAAGGAAACAGAUCUGUUCCCUGGGAAAUCUCCAUCACCCUAUACCCAGCAACUGCUGAGGAUCAAGAUUCUCAGUAUGUCUGUUUCACCCUUGUAUUGUCUGUGCCUCUGCAGUAUCCAAAUGAAAUACCAAAGAUUGUUAUCCAGAAUCCUCGGGGAUUAUCAGAUGAACAGAUCCAAAAAAUUUCUCAGACACUGCGAUGUAUUGCUGAGAGUCAGCUGGGUACACCUGUGCUCUAUGAACUAAUAGAGAAGGGAAAAGAAAUCCUCACAGACAACAACAUCCCUCAUGGGCAGUGCGUGAUUUGCCUGUAUGGCUUUCAGGAAAAUGAGGCUUUCACCAAAACCCCAUGUUACCACUACUUCCACUCACGUUGUCUUGCUAGUUACAUAGAGUAUAUGGAGAAAGAAAUCAAGGCACAGAAGAAAGAAAGAAUGCAGCAUUUGACACCUGUGUCCAAAGAGGAUAUUGAAGUGCAAUGCCCUGUGUGCAGGGAGCCUCUAGCGUAUGACCUUGCCACAUUGCAGGCAGCACCAUUACCGCAGCAGUCAAUGGAAGUAUACCAGCCUGACCAACAGACACUGCAACACAGAGAGCAGCUGCGUCAGCACUUCCGGAGGCAGCAAGAAAAAGGCGGCAUCAUUGAUGUGGAGCUGGAGAGAAAUCGCUAUUUUGUUACCCUGCAAAGGCCCUCCGAUGUCAAGGAAUAUGACCAUACAGCCAUCUCAGAAAAUGACCUGGGAACUAAGAAUGAGCUGAAGUCACCAGCCGCUUCAGAAUAUACUCAAACAAGUACAACACCCAUGAGUGAUGAGCUAAAAAAUACAGGUAAAUCAUCUCUUACUUUCCAUCACCAUAAUAGGAGAGAGAGAAAUCGAGCGGAGAAGCCAUCUUUACAAAAUCCUAGCUGGCAAUUACAUUAUAAGACAUUCGAGAUGGCAACAGGAAAGUAUGUUGAGGAAGAAUCUGAAGCCUUAAGUAGGAGAUCUAACUGGAAGAAGGAAAGAGAGCGGUGGAACUAUGGGAGAUACAACCAAGAUAUUUCAAAAUCUUAUAGCCGAAACCAGGAGCCUUCAUUCUUGGAUAAAAAGGAUCUGUGCGCCAAACGUCUCCCAUUGGCCAAAGAAGAGAAAUACAACAUGGAGAAGUGGAUACCAAUGCCAAAAACUCAAGCCUCCAACAGAGAGAAAGUGGACAUUUGCCAUGGGGAACUCAGAGGACAGAACUCAUGGCAAGGUCAGCAUGGUAUUCAGAACUGUGAGAGAUGGGAAAAGACCGAAGGGAGAGAGUAUGUAACUUAUCCCAGAAUGCCAAGAGGUCGGGGGCAAUCCAGACCAAGGCCACAGAAAGAAUUGCAAGGUCCAAAGAAUGAAGAAGGUUCUUAGCUGGUGGCGAUCAAAGGGAGGACACUGAUUGCUUUGUCACGUUGCCUUUCAGACAUUGACUUUUCCUUAUUUGGGGGGGGGGGGAACCC